AUGCGCAAAGAUCGUCCUUCCUUUCGCCGAGAGGCUUCACUACGAGUUUUUCGGAGAUGGCUGGCCACGUGUGAACAACCGCUACUCAUCACAAGCACUCCUUAUUCAGGGAAAACGUUUUUUGUAAAUCAGCUUCAAAACGAGCCCGAAUGCGUUGGAGUGCACUUUUGCCGCGCCGAGGUGCCAGAGUCGCUCGAGACGGCCACCGUGUUGAGGAGUUUAGCCUCACAACUUGUGGCUAGAUUCCCAAAUGUUGUGCUACCAUCGUUAUGCCAAUGGACGCUACUAUCGGAGUGUGUGGGAGCGGUGGAACACCUGCUUGGGCUACCCCUCGCCUCUCUUCCUCCACCGCCGAAACCCCUAUUUCUCGUCAUCGAUAAUCUUCAACCAUUACUCUACGAACUAAUCCUAGCUUUGGAAGCGUCUUUGCCCGUUUGGUUGAGAUGUGUUGUUACCGCACGUCCACUCCGCACCUCAGAUGAACAAAAGUUUUCUUCUUUUCACAUCUUUGAUUUGGCCGGAGAACCGGAGGAAUUGCGAAGUUUCAUCGCGACUAAAUUGCCACAAUGCAGUUUCGAAGAUGUUUACGAUGCAUGUGUGGAAUCCUGGUUUUACGUGGAUCAACUGGGUGAGGCCUAUGAGCAAGGAAUGCUUUCCUAUGAAUGUCUUCCAUUUGGCACCGAGGAACUCUUGCACGAGAUCACUCAAGUGCUUCCGCAACGGUUCACCAUUUACUUGAUGCUUGUGAAAGCUGCUCGUCACCCGCCCACUCAUCAACAAUUGAUCGCUGUCAGUCAGUUCAUCAUCCGGGAUCUCAUUUCGAAUAUCCAGCGCGAUAUCGAAGAGAUGUCAUUGCUAUUCUCGAGCAAAGAUCCCUAUGUUUUGGCCGGCUCUUGGGCGGAUUUUGUUGGCGAUCUGGCGGUUUAUCAUACAGCUUGGGCCGAAUUGUUCAAGGUGAAAAAGGGGAAAACCCCGGAAGAUGUUGUCGAAUUGGCCUAUCAUCUUGCACAUUCAGAAGUGGCCCCAAGUGAUUCGAUUCGAAUCUUGAGUUCUCUUGGAGCCGGGGAUUUCCUGUUGGUGUGUGAUGUGAUCGAUAUACCCACGACAAAUCUUCUUGUUCAUGCUGGAGCCUCGCUACAAGAUCACUCUCAAAAGGACGACUUUGUUUUCCGGUGCUCGUGUGGAGAUUUGCGAAAAGUGACUCAAACCAUUGAACGAGCAACUGAAAAGGAGUUAUCACUGGGACUUCUUGCAGCAGCAUCUAGAGGUCAUGUCGCUAUCUGUAAAAGGAUUUUAGAGAUGAGACCUCAAUCGGGCCAUUUCGUUUCCGAGAGUCAGUGGAAUGCUCUCCGCAGUGCCGCUUGUAACAAUCAUCUACCCGUACUCGAUUUGCUCAUCGAUCAAGGCAUAAAUGUGGAUGACUGUGGAAAUGGUGGACGCACGGCUCUCCGAGCGGCAGCUUGGUCAGGUCACCGAGAAAUCGUUUGUCGAUUGCUGCGAGCCAAAACGGAUGUGGAAAAGAAAGAUUCGGAAGGACGAACGGCUCUCAUGGCAGCCGCAUUCAUGGAUCACGCGGAAAUCGUUGAGGAUCUUCUCAAUUAUGGAGCAAACAUCAAACAACUGGACGCAAGCGGCGCCACAGCGCUUCAUUUAACUCUUUCCAAUGGAGCCAAAUCACCAAACCAUGAUCGAACCAUUGCUGUCCUUCUUCAAGGAUCAGCCCCGGUGAAUCAUAGUGAUUCAAAUGGUCGCUUAUGUCUUCACCUUGCCGCCUAUCAUGGUGAUCGAAAUUUGCCGAAGAUCGCUGAAUUAACUGGGAAUAUCGAUGCACAAGAUGAAAAUGGGCGAACUCCUUUGAUGUUGGCUGCCAGUCACGGGCAACUUGAGGCAGCGAAUCAAUUAGUUGAAAGGAAAACAAACAUUGACGUUGUGGACAAUGAGGGUCGAACAGCGCUCAUGCAUGCCGCCAUUCAUAAUCAUUUGCCAAUUGUCGACCUUUUGCUGAGUCUUGGCGCUGAUGAAGGGCACAAGGACAACGACGGAGCUGUGGCGUUGCACUACGCGGUUUUACACGGAAAUGUGGCUCUUGUGCGAGCUUUGUGCACAAACACGACUCUGCGAAGUACCGAUCGUAAUGGUGCUCAUCCGCUGAUCAUUGCAGCUCAGCAGUCAAACGUCGAAGUGAUAAAAGAGUUGCUCAAUUCGGGAGCCCCAGCGAAUCUCCAAACAUGGGAUGGACUUACUGCUUUGCGGGCAGCAGCAAAUGCGAAUCAAAUCGAAAUCGUAGAGGCGUUAGCACCACAAAUCGAGGAUUGGGAGCAAUUGGAUCUUUACGGAACGCCACUUGUUCACAAUUUGCUCAUGCAAUCGCAGAAUGCAAUGGUGGAGCUAUUGUUGAGAUUGGGAACCCCGAUGGGAGUUCGAGAUGCUCAUGCAAGGACUGUCGCCCAUGUGGUUGGCGCAACGAACGAUGUUCUCGGAGCAAAGAUGUUAAAUCGCUUGGGAAUUUCAUUCGAAGUUGGUGAUAUGGCAGGGCGAACUCCGUUGCACACAGCAAUCUGGGCUGGGCAUCUCCUCGUUGCCACCUAUUUUCUUGAGCAGAUUUGCGUUGAUCCAAAUGCCAUUGAUCAUCAGGGUGCUUCCGCUCUAUCAAUAGCAUCUCAGCUAGGAAAUCGUGAUUUGGUCGUACUUUUACUCAAAUUUGGCGCUGAGCCUAACCAAAGAGAUAAAAUGGGUCGUUCUUGUUUGGAUGUAGCCCGUCUCUCAGGUCAUGAGCACAUUCGAUCAUUGCUCAAAUCAGCAUGUGGGUCGGCUGAUUCGUCAGGUUUUGGGAGCAUGCCAAAUUCACCAGCUGGAGAACGAAGGCGAGCCCCGCCACAAACCACUUUUCUUUAUCACACUGCCUCUCCAAGAGUUCAUCUCAAA